CGGAUUUCGUGACAAAUGGCAACUACGUUUUUUUCUUAUACGGUUUAAUAUACCUAUAUACUCUUACAGCACAUUGAUACGUAUAUCGUUUAGUCUACUGUCCAAGGUUUUAUUAAUUUUUAAUUUUAAUUGUUCGCUUAAACCUAAUUUUUUGUGAAAACAUUCUUGGUGAAUUUUUAUACAAGUGAAAACUAUUCGUAACGUUGGUUUAGCCAUCUUUAUACAGUGGCCGUCAUUCGAAAACGCAGCGGCGCCGGAGGACGCGCGCAAUCGUCAUCUCUAAGGCAAAGUGGAUACUAUAAUAACAAUAUCAUAGCAUUAAAUUAGAUUACGUACAUAUAUAUAUAAAUAAAUAUAUAUAUGUAAGUAAUUGACAUUCAUUCCCAAAGAGAGAGAGAAGAAUUACGUCAAGCGAUGGACCAGUGAUAGAAUAAAUUUGUGAUCGUUUUCGUUCGGUUUUGUUCAUUUUUUGGUGCGUUUCCCAAACUCGUUUUGGAAUUUCAUUUGAUAACUUUAGGAUAUUCUAAUUGUUGGUCGUUCGUGGUUUUCUCUUGUACUUACAAGAACUUGCCGCCGAGAUCGUUUUAUCAGUGAUUAUAGUUUUAUCUGUGUGGAGCUUGUCUGUAAAAAAAAUAUACUAACAAUGAAAUGGCGUUUCCAUGAGGGGCCCGACCGCACCGUAUAACGUUUUGCCGUCAAUUAAUAUGAUGAUGAUGGAUGACGGGUCUUACAACGGCAGCAAGCAAGGCGGACAACAGCAACUGCAUCAACAGCAACAAAUGCAACAAUCUGGUGGAGGAUUUGGCCAGAAAGGCGAUAAUGGUAGUGAUGGACUAGGUGGUCCUAGCAGCAAAGUGAAAUAUACCAUGCCUGGUGUUCUGCACUACAUACAACACGAAUGGUCUAACUUCGAGCUGGAGAGGUCACAUUGGGAAAUUGACAGGGCUGAAUUGCAGGCAAGAAUAGCAUUUCUUCAAGGCGAGAGAAAGGGUCAAGACAAUUUGAAAAAUGAUUUGAUUCGCCGAAUUCAGAUGUUGGAAUAUGCACUUCGAAAUGAAAGAGCAAAGUACCAUAAAUUGAAAUAUGGAACGGAUAUGUCUUACACAGAAAUGCAGCAUACUUCAGCAUCACCUGGAGGUGCACUAGAAGAAUAUCCUUCAGCACCUGAAGUCAGUGCAGAUACAGAAGCUCCAUUAUCAUCUGUCACAAAUGUCAGUUGGAAACAAGGAAGACAACUACUUAGAGAGUACCUGCAUGAGAUAGGUUAUACGGACACCAUAAUAGAUGUCCGGUCAUCCCGUGUGCGUGGCUUGUUGGGUUUAAAUAACAAUAAUAACAAUUCUAAUAGUGGUGAGCAAGGUCAAAGUGACAACAAUCAGGUUAAUGGCAAUAACUACAACAAACGUUUUAGUGACAAUCAAGGACAGUGUUCACCAACUAAACGGCAGCAACAACAGCAAAAUCAAAAAAAAUUAUUAGACGCUGAGUCAGCUGUUAUGGCCAAUUUUGAAUUUUUAUCUACAAUGCGUGGUUCAAGCGAGUCCGGUGAUGUAGAUAUGGAAGAUGAUGGAGUUGAUGAUGAUGACGACGAUGAUGACGAUGAUGAUGAAAUGGGAAUGACAGAUGAUGUGAUUGAUAUGACAUCCAUUUGUAAAUUUGGUCCCGACGAUGUUGAUGCAGAGGCUGAAGAAGUAGUAAAUGAACUCCAGUUAUUAACAGAAGAUAUGAGCAACAAAGAAAAUGAACAAAAUGAUUGGAAAAUUGCAGAUAAAGAUGAUAGAAUAUAUAAUAAGAGUUCAAGAGAUGUAAAUUGGAUAAAAAAUGAACCAACUGAAAUGGUAGAUGGCAAUAUGGAUUUAGCUUUAGGUUUAGGAGAAUUAGCCCAACUUACUGUUAACAAUGAAUCAGAAAGCAAUAUAGAUGUUGCAGAUAUGAAAACUGCAUCACGCAAGACUUGGAACGCCAAGUUUACCUUACGUAGUCAUUUUGAUGGUGUACGUGCUUUGGCAUUCCAUCCCACCGAAUCCAUUUUGAUAACUGCCAGUGAAGACCACACCAUGAAACUUUGGAAUUUGCAAAAAACUAUUGCUCCAAAAAAAUCUGCAUCUUUAGAUGUAGAGCCAUUAUAUACGUUUAGAAGCCAUACAGGACCCGUGUUUUGCUUAGCUAUUAGUAAAAAUGGAGAAUAUUGUUAUAGUGGGGGAUUGGAUAAUGUGAUAAAAGUAUGGUCUAUGCCUGCAGCUAAUAUCGAUCCCUAUGAUUCAUACGACAAAAAUAUUCUUGUUAACAAUAUGGAAGGUCAUGAAGAUGCUGUAUGGGGAAUAUCGGUGCACCAUAAACGUUCAGAAUUAUUGUCUUGUUCGGCUGAUGGCACUGUAAAACUUUGGUCACCAACUAAUCUUAAAACACCAUGUUUAUCUUCUUAUGUUUCUGAUCAAAAUGAAAUUCCUACUUCAGUUGACUACGUCAGAGAUGUAGAAGGCCAGUUUGUGGCUUCUUAUACUUCGUCACAUUGUAUUAUUUAUGAUAUUGAAACAAAAAGUCCUAUUACUCGAUUAGAAUGCUCAAAGGACCCGUCUGAAAUGGCGACACAGCUGAUUCAUCGGGUAAAAUGUCACCCAACACUGCCUUUAACCAUCACAGCACACGACGACCAUCAUAUUCGGUUCUUCGAUAACAAUACUGGAAAAAUGGUUCAUUCCAUGGUUGCCCAUUUAGAUGCUGUUACCAGUCUGGCCGUAGAUCCCAACGGAUUAUAUCUGCUGUCAGGAAGUCACGACUCGUCUAUUAGAAUAUGGAAUUUAGAGAGUAAGACUUGUGUUCAGGAGAUCACUGCACAUCGAAAAAAGCUGGACGAAUCGAUAUUGGAUGUUGCAUUUCAUCCAUCCGAAGCAUAUAUUGCAAGUGCCGGAGCUGACAGCCUAGUCAAAGUAUUUGUAUAGGUACAAUAAGAUGUUUAUAAUUGAACUUACAGGACACUUAGUGAAUAUAUCAUAGUGUCUUUUAUUUGACCAACAUUCGAUCAAAUAUGUCAUCGUAGUAUUUUUGCAGUAAUCAUGAUUUAUUGAGUUGAAUUAUUAUUUAUUUAUUUUUGAAAACUAUUGGUUUUUCAAUUUUUUUUCGUCUGAAACUAAGAAAUACAAAAAAAACAUUUUUUGUUCAUAACUUAUUAAGUUUCUGUGAUUUUAAUUUUUAGUAAAAUAAUAGUAUUAAGGAUAUUCAUGUAUAUUAUAAUAUAAUUAUAUUUCAUAAAAAUAUGAUCCCAUUUAUUAUAAAAAUGUAUAAUUAUAAUUAUUUCUGUCCCAUUUAAUAGUUUUAAUCAUUUAUAUUUUAUUUUUAUUUUUGUUUGUAUUGCCUAAAUUAUUUGGACUUCCUGUUUUUCUCAGUAUUGAGUUUUGUUUAAACUCAAGUUAAUAUAAUAAACUAUUAUACUGUCAUGCAA